GUUUUGCCUCACCGCCUCGCGCGCGCCGCCGGCCUCCCCGCCCCUGGGCCCCGCAGGAGACCGCCGAGCUCUUCGCGUGGCCGUGGGGCUCGACCCUCGAGGAGGCGGGGCUGCCCGCAGGCUGCUUCGGCAAGGACGGGUUCAUGUACUUCAACAGGGGAGUGAACGGCGUGGGCGAGUUUCACUUGGGCACCGACGCGUUCAGCAUUUGCAAGGCGCCAACGGCGGGGGAUGAGCCGAACGGCUUCGUGGCGCCUGAAGCGGAGCCGCCGCCAGGCAUGUUCGCCCCUGCAGAUGGCGCGUCUCCGACGCCUCCAGAUGCGGCGGCUCCGCCGCCUCCGUUCAACUCGUUCGCCCCUGGAGCGGGAGCUCCCUCGCUGCCAGGAUCCGAGGGGCCCCCUGCGGCGCAGGCGCCGGUCACUCCCUGGGGAGCGGCCGCCCCGCCCGCAGACGAUGCCGCAGCGCAGGGAGCGGCGCAGGCCCCGACGUCCUGGAUCCCGGACUGGGCGCUGCCCGCCGACGGGGGGCUCGGAGCGGCGACCGGGGCGGCCACGGCCGCGGACUUCGACCCAGUGGCGCCGCCCGCGGACGCCUUCAGCGGCGCCGCGGCCGCUCCGCCGGCCCCCGGGGCGUCGGGCGCGAGCGCGGUGGGCGAUCCGCACAUGACGUCGGUCACGGGCGCCAAGUUCGACUUGGCGCGGGCAGGCAACCACACUCUGCUCCACAUCCCGCGGUUCUCCGAGCGGGAGGAGCGGCUGCUCGACGUGGGGGCCACCGUGAAGCACGAGGGCCCGACCUGCCUGGACAGGUUGACCCCGGGGACGGCUUCGAGAAGGACAUGUACAUCGACUCCCUGCGCAUCACGGGCAAGUGGGCGGACGACAAGAGGGCGGGGGGCAUCAGCUUCUCCGCCGGGGAAGAGAGCCAGGUCGGAGGACACUGGUUGGAGUUCGGGAAGCUGCAGCUCAAAGUCGUGCACGGCACCACAGUCACGGGCGUAAAGUACCUCAACGUGCUCCUCAAGCAUUUGACCAAGGUCGGCAUGCCCAUGGGCGGCAUCCUGGGCCUGGACGACCACACGGAGGCGGCGACGCCGGAGGAGCAUUGCAGGCGGAGCCUCUCCCUGUGAGGCCCUUCGGGCGCCCUGGGCUGGGGGGCGGGGGGCCGAGCGUGCGCGAGCUCGCCCAGCACGGGGCUCCCAGGACGGUCCCGGGGGCCCCCGGAGUCCGCCGGCGACGCCCGCGCGCGGGCGCCCGCGCUCCGAGGCCUCCGGCGUCCCGGGCGGGGCAGGAGCUGCAGCGCUCGGGGCGCCGCGCGGGCAUCACCGGGGCACGAGAGCAAACCACGGAC